GACAUGCAUUUUUAUUCUGUCAAAUACAUUCUCAUGGAUUUCAAAACAUUCUAUUUUUUAAAGAUUUUGAAGUAAAUAGAGUUAUUAAUUCAGUUACGUUGAUUAAUAACAUUGUAAACAUGCAUUUCCGAAAAGCUCUAAACCAUUCCAUUGCAAUACUUUUAGUAAUAGGGUUUGCGGCAAAUACGUUCCAGUUUGAUAUGGAAGAGGAUUCUGCAGUCGAAACACCAGAGGAUACGAAUCUCGAUGUACCUAACGUUGACGAGUCUGAGUCGCUGCUUUCAAACGUGGUUUCCGACGUCAACAAGACUCUGACGAACCUCUAUAACCAUGUAACAUCAGCGAAUGUGACUGUUGAGAACAGUACAAGCUCGCGCAAUGAAACUCGCAAACACGUGCGGUGCAAGGAAAUAAUAUACGACCCCAGUGAGGAGUUCGAACCGUCAGUUGAAAUUAUCAAUGGCAGCCACUUGGCCAAAAUGCUUCAAAUCAAGCCAGAUAUCACCAGCAGGGAUAUGGAAGCAGAAUGUCUUCUAGUGCUAUUCUUCGCAAGAGCCUGCCCUUUCAGUGCUCACGCCGCUCCUCAUUUUAAUGCUCUGGCUAGAUCAUAUCCUAGUGUCAAAAUGGUGGCCCUAGAUGCUUUGAAAUAUCAUGGCAUAAACGCACAAUAUGGUAUUGUUGGAGUGCCUACUUUGAAAAUGUUCCACAAUGGGCGGCCUGUUGGUAAAUUCAAUGGCACCGAGUACAACAUUCAGUCGUUCAGCAAGUUUGUGCAUGCCAUAACUGGACAGUAUCCUCAGGGUCUGUUGGUGACUUCUAAGGACUUCCAAGGCCCAGUCUCAAGUGUUGUUGAGAAAGACACAGACUAUUUCUUAGUUUUGUCAUGGCUAUUUAUUAUUAUUUGCUCAAUAUACUACUUCACACAGUCAAAAUGGUGGAAAAUGAUUGUGGAGAUGGUUCAGAACAACUGGAGGGAAUCUGAGGCUCAGCAUGAGCAUAAUGAUUGAUAAACAGUAAAAUUGUGACUUAGUUUAAGCUAUUUAUUGUUAUUUCUUUUGCUGUACAUAUUAAAUAUGUUUGAUAAUA